AUGUUCAAGAAGGCCUUCAAGACCCAGAACAGGAACAAGCUCAAGCGGUCCGAGCACGGGUGGGGUGACCUUUACCAGGUGCUGCCGCCCAAGGCGGACAUAGAGGUGGUCAAGUUGGGUGGCGGCAGCCGCACGGUGCUCUACUUUGUCGAGGCGCAGCCGCUCUUCUUCGAUCCCUCCGGGCGCGAUGACUGGGUUCCCACAGACCUGAUGCUGCAGGGUGUGGUGGUUCCGAAGAGCAGCGAGUGGGUACAGAAGCGGCCCGCCUUCUACGGGCGAUGGCAACAGGGCAGCCUGCGCGCGCUCUGCGUCAAAGGCAACAAGGCGCCGAUCGGCGUGGGCCAUAUGCUGGUGAGCAGUGAAACGGUCGAGCGGGCGGGAAUGCAGGGCAAGGGCGUGGAGAUGCUCCACCUCUUCCAAGAUAAGCUCUGGUACGUAGGCAUACGAAACCAGGAGGCAGGCACCAAGGAUCCGCACCCGCUCAUCGAGGACGACCGGUUCAGCAAGCAGGCGGCCGAAGACGAGGUCGAGCCGCCCCUCGCCGAUGAAAGCGCAGCUGACGCGCAGGAGGGCGACACCUCUUCGACCACGACCACGACCACCGACGAGGCGACGAAGAACGAAAGCGACGACGGGGAGGGCGAGGGCGAGGAGGAGGAAGCCGCGCCGACCAGGCGUGCGGCGCCCGACGAAGACGAGGUGCGGGCGCAGAACGAGCUUCUGCACCACUGCUUCCUGGCGGCGCUCAAGGGCGGCGGGGAGCGGAAGGUGCGGGACAAGGACCUACCCAUGCUGGCCAACGUGUUCUACUCGGACUACAUGCUGCCGGCCCGGCCCGAGGGCACCACGCUCGAGAUCAAGCGCACCUCCUACAAGAAGCUCCACACCUUCCUGGCCGAGGCCGCCGGCAAGGGGCUCAUCCAGACCCGCGAGACCUCGCCCGGCGUGAUCCAGCUCACCGCCGUCAACCGCUCUCACGACGAGUACAAGGAGUUCCGGGUGAACAAGGAGGGCGGGGCGCAGCAGAAGGAGGAGGCGGGCGAGGAGCAGAAGGGCCUCCACAUCGAGGAGAUCUACAAAUUCACCUCCGCGCUCAAACCACUUCUCACCGCCGAGGCCAAGCCCGGUACCUUGCAGGAUGACUACUGGCGGGCGGCGGAGGCGAAGGAGCUGCUGUGGGCCUACGUGGCGCGGGAGAAGCUCGUCCCGGAGAAGGACAAGCGAGUGGUGCGCAUGGACGAGUACCUGGCCAUCAACGUCAUGGGCAAGAAGACCUUCUACGGCGACCUGAUCGACCGGAAGACCCUGGCCGAGAAGUUUUUGGGCAAGCUGAAGAAUUUCAGCUAUGUUUCGAGGGACGGCGUGGGAGACGUGUGCAAGGGCGCCAUCGCGCCGGUGCUGAUCCGCACGGAGCAGCGGCAGGGCCGCAAGGUCGUCACCGUCCUCUCCGGCAUGGAGACCUUCCUCAUCUCCGCCGACACUCUGCGCACGGAACUGGCGAAGAAGUUUGCGGCGAGCACGUCGAUGGGCGACGUGGAGGGCAAGAAGAACGAGGGCCGGAAGGAGAUCCUGGUGCAGGGCGACGUGAUCAAGGCCACGGCCGAGUUCCUCAUUCAGAAGUACCAGGUGCCCAAGCGGUUCAUCCAGGUCAUGGACAAGGCUGGCGGCGGCAACAAGAAGGGCCGCGCCGGGCGGUGA